UAACUCCGUGCCAAAUCCAUGUCGCUGUACCCAUUGCUCUUGUUGAUUGCCGCUCCGGUUUUGGGGUUCGCUGUGAACGAGCUUCAACCGGAGCCGUUGUUCCUUGGCGGCACGGUAACGAACUUUGGGCAGUUUCCUGCUGCUGCUUAUAUUGUAACACCUGAAAGAUCACUUUGCGGCGCAACUGUCCUGAACCAGAAUCACGUGCUGACGCUGGCUCAAUGUGCCCUGAAUGCAACCUACAACACGUUUAACCCCCGUCUGGUACGUGUUCACGCGGGAGUGCUGGACCUGAAUUCAGUGUCCGCCAGCAGGCAGACCAGAUUGGGAGACGUGAUUUUUGUGCAUCCGAACUUCAAAGCACAUUCCUUGGAAAACGACUUGGCAGUUAUACGGGUUCAGAGUCCGUUCAACUUUCCAAGUAACGAAAUUGAACCAGCUGUGCGACAGACGAGAAUUGUGGCCAACGGAGUUGUGUGCAAUUUGGUGGGAUGGGGAGCGAUUGCAGUGGAGUUGGAUCUCAAUUGUCAGUUUCAAAGAUUACUCCAGCUGAUCAGCGAUCGUGAUAUGUGUAGCUCCUUGCGCAGAAACAUGCCAGUGUUUGAGAACAUGAUCUGCGCCGGAAAUACUGUCGCCAUUGCAGCCGGUCCGUCACCCUGUGAGGGUAGCUUGGGGUCUGGUUUGUACUGCAAUGGGGUUCUCACGGGGCUACUAUCGUUCGGAAUCAACUGUGGAACGGCGAACAAUCCGCCGACGUACACGCAGAUUCGCUUCUUCAAUCCUUGGAUCGAGCAGCAGCUGAAUAGGACCGAUAGACCACCAGCAGGAUUCUCUCCUUUAAGUGUUUUAGAAUCGUACGAAUAAAAUUAGAGCAAUCAAAAAAGAAGAACAAACAUAAAUUUUUUGUUUUGUCGAGGGUACGAAUGAAUGUGGAGAUUAACGAUUGUUUGAAAUAAUACAAUUGGUUUGCUAUAGAAUAAGUUUAUUUUUUGAACUAUUUAAACCGAAAAUAAGUUGUUCAAUAAAAUCAUACUAAAUUAAUACAA